CCGAUGGGCAAGGCCCGAGGCGGCGUCCAAGUAGUAGCACCAGAAGUGCCAUCACGAUGAAGAAAGUGAACGAGAAGCGAGCCGUCAACGCCGUGAACCUUCCGAAACUGUCGACGACGUCCACGGACGGAGAGGUCACGCCCCGGCGCCCCCCGAGGUUGCCACUCGACUCGCCAUCGUCGUCCGAGACCCCGCAGCCUCCGCUGGCAUUGACCCCGAUUCUAGGCCUCGAUGGGGGUCUCACGACGCCAACAAAGCCGGUGGCUCUGCUGGCCCCCACGACACCGUCCAAGCAGUCGAAAGGUCAGAGCUUGCGCGCACGCAAGCUGGAAGAUCAGCAGUCCCCGUCGCAUCAGCCGCCGUCGGCUGUGCUGAAUACCGCGCAGUUGUACGACCCCACGUCGUCAUCGCUGCUGAAUCCGGCGUUCGAAGUUGACAUGACGUUGUUGGAGGCCGAAGUGGAAAAAAUGAAGCAGCUCGGACAGGCCGCCGAGGGCCACGUCGAAGCGAUCUACGCCAACAACACCAAGGAGCGCAUGUUCUUUAGACAAGCCAGCUCGGAGAUCGCCAAUAUGGAAUCGGACAUUGUCGCGAAACGCAGGGCCAGCGUCCAAGAAAAGCAAGCGUGGGGGGCCGAGAAGGUUGAAUUCGAAGCGCUGUUGGUGGUCAAGGAGACCGAGUUGCACACGAACGAGCGAGAACGCGCCAAGCUCUCCGACACCCUCACGCAGACGAUUCAGUACUUUACCCACGAAGUCGAAAGCCGCGACCGCACGAUCGCGGCGCACGUGACCGACCUGCAAACUACCCGCGAUGUGCUGGCGUCGACGGAGCACAGUUUGAGGCAAAGUCAGAUGCAGCACCAACGCACCGUGGACGCAUUGGCCAAACAUGUGGACGAGUUGGACGUGACCAAGUCGGAGCUCGCGGGGUGCCGCCAAGUGGUGGCCCAGCACGAAGUGACGAUGGCGAAUCAGUCCAAGCACAUUCUCGCCACGGAAGCAUCGCUCGCUCAAGCGCGGACAGCGAUAGCGUCGUUAGAGGCCAAAUGUGUCGACCAGAAGGGCACAUUGCACGCGUACAAGGAGGAAAUGCACGGGUACGUGUUCAACGUGGACCAGCUGCGUCGAGACGUCAAGUUGGGUCAAGACAAACAGGAUGAACUCACGGCGGCGAUCAAAACGCACGAGAAGACCAUCGCGUCGUUCAAGCGACAGCAAGCCAAGUGGGAAGCCGCCAAAGCCGCCCAUGACGUCGAGCAAAGCGAACAACGCGCCAUGACCAAGAUGUACAAGGAACGCAUCGACGCCCAAGCCAAGAUGAUCCACCGACAAGAGGAAUCGAUCGUAGCCAGCACCGUCGCCCAUGUAGCCGACUUUACCACCAUCGACUUGCAGACGGCGCAGCUCAAAAGCUUGGCGCGCACCGUGGGCGAUCAAAGCGCAUACAUCGCCAAGCUUGAAACCACCUGUCGCGCCGCGGAAAUCCAACACCUCAAGAAUCGGUCCCUGAUCGAGCUAUUGCAAACCAAGAUCCACGGGCUGGACGAUACUGCCGUUCGUCAGGACAAGGAAACAACGUCACUUCUCGAACGGCUGGCCAAGCGCGAUGGAGUAGUCGCUGCCCGGGAUGCCGAAGUGGCGGCGCUCAAGGCGGCGUACGAGAGCAUGUCGGCUGAGCUCAUGGGCCAAGUGGAGACGAAUCAAGCCGCAAUUGCCGUGCACAUUGCCGUGAUUGCAUCGAUGCGGGCCACGCAAGAAGAGUUAGUGGCCACCAAAUCCCAAUUAAAAGCCGACCUCGACUUGCAAACGGCCCGCGCCAACGACUUGGACGUAGCGUUGGGGACGUCGCGCCGGGAGUUUGCCAUAAGCGAAGACAACUUUACCAAAUUGAGUCUGCGUCACAGCGUUGACGAGGCGCAUUAUACCCGGACGAUGGAGGACCUUGUGGCGUGGACUAGGGCUACGCUGGACGAGCGGGGGCUGGAGCUGUCGGAGCGGAACCAGGUGCUGCGGGAGGCAUCGGAGGACGCCGCCGCGACCCUCACCGCCCUGCAAACGAUCCUGGACGAGACCAACGCGAUGUUCGCUGCGUGCCAGGCGCAGGCGCGGGCGACGGCGGCCGACUACGAAGCCAAGGUCAUCGAGCGAACGGAAGCGUUGGAGCAACAGGAAGAGAGGAUUCAUUUGCUGGAGAUUCAGCUGAAAAUGAACGCCGAGCAGGCCAACCAGCGCCGACAGACUUUGCACGAGGAUCGACAGCGGGAAAUGGCGCAGUUUCAAAUGCAACUCAAGGGCAAAGAAGACGUGUUCGAGAUCGAACUGAGUCGCCUCAAGACCCAACUCCAACAGGAACGCGCGACGGCGCUAGCUCAAUUGACUACCCUGCAAGAAACGUCCGAGCUGGACAUGUCCAAGGUUCAAAGUCUCUUGCAACAGGAGCGAACAACAUCGGCCGCCACGAUCGCCCAAUUGGAAGAAAAUGGCACGAAAUUGACAUUGGAGCGGGCCCAACUGCGCGACGACCUCGCACAUGUUCGAGCCGUGGCGGCCCAAGCGACUAGAACGAGUCGAGACCAGCUGGGCAUGUUGGCCGAAGAAGUCCGGGGGGUAGCGUAUGCAGUCGCGGCGGCGGAAGUCGCCCAGGACAAACUCGUGCAACAACAUGACGCCUUCGUGGCGAACUUGCGCGUGGAGCAUGAUGAGAGUGUGACGCGCCUUCACGCUAGCCACAUCGCUUCCGUGACCUCGUUGCAAGAGGACCAUGCCAACGCAAUGGCGGCGCAAGUGGCACAACAGGCCGCGGCCGCCAAACAAUUCCAAGUGGAGCUAGCAACUUUGCAAGCAACGCAUACCGUCCAGGUGGAGGCGGCGGCGGAGGACGCGCAGCGCCAGCGGUUGGAGCUCGAAGCCAAGUUGCAGUACCAAAAGGAAACGUUGACGGUGCAGCUCAAGGCAAGCAAGCUAGCGUUUGAAGAGCAGCUUGUCGAGCAGCGCAUCCGCCUCGAGUGUUUGAUCGAGCACCAGCGCGAUACAUUGGAGGGGCAGCUGCGAGACCAAGUGGCACACGCGACUGCCCGCGACGCCGCAGCUUGCGCGGCGUUUGACGAGAAGCUCCUCGCAACCAAAACCGACUUGGAAGGCGAACUGGCUAAGCAACGCGCGGGCUACGAGGUAGUGAUUUCGCAGCAACGAGAGCGGUACGAAGCUACGAUCCGGCAGCGAAAGGAACGGUACGAGCUGGACGUGGCCACCCAACGCGCCGAGCUAGAGUCCACACUCGCCACGACCAAAGCCAGACUCGAGGGGGAGCUCGCAGACAUAACGCUGCGGUUGGGGACUGAGUUGCGGACGACGAAGGAGACGUUGGAGACGGACUUGGCGACCCAGAAAGCGUUUUAUGAGUCUACAUUGCGCAGGACUAAAGAAACCCUCGAAAGCGAAAACGUCGAAGUCAAGACGACGCUGGAGGGGCGACUUGUGGCCGUGCAAAGUACUCUGGAAAGCGAGUUGGUUCGUCAAAAGGAACGUCUGGAAGGUCAAAUCGCGCACCAAACCCAAGUAUUUGAGCUCGAGAUGGCAAACCAACGCCGUCGAUUCGAGACGCAAAUAGCCGACCAGAAGACCGCGUUGGAGGGUCAAAUCAUGAGUCAACGGAUGGAAUACGAAGCUGAAAUCUUACGGCAGCGCACCGACCUGGAAACAUCCAUGAAGCAACAGGUCGAUGUGUUGGAGCGGCAAGUCGCGUCGACGCGCGCGGCGUUGGAAGGCGAGGUCGUGCGCCAAAAAUCGGAGUUUGAGAACGAAAUAGCCGAGCAACGGGGGACGUUUGAGGCGCAGCUGGGGGCCCUGGACGCCGACCUCUCGGGGCAAGUGCGUGAGUGGGAAGCAAAGUACACUGAGGACACGAUGGCGAUGAGGGCGAAAUUUGAGCAUGACCUGUCGAGCCAACGCACGGAAUUAGAAGGGGCGCUGGCCAGGCAAAAAGAAAUUCUGGAGUCGGACCUCUUGACUCAGAAACAGACGCUGGAAGCCAAGUUGGCCCGGCAAGAAGACACGUUCGACACGCAAAUGGCCGACAAGUGCCGUCGGUACAACCUCGACAUGGAGGCGCAAGUGAACGCGUUUGAAAAGCACAUGGCCGAGCGCAACGACGCAUGGGAGGCGGCGGUGCUCGCGCAAUCCGCACAAUUCGACAGCCAGCUCCAAGCGCUCGUGCAGCAAGCGGAGCAGGAUCAAGCGGUGGCCAAGGUGGCCAUUGACGGAUGGGAGAUCAAGACGAGCGACCUUGAACGCGUGACCAGUCUCCGUAUCGCAGAGUUGGAAUCAGAGGUGGCAUCCCUGCAAACGCAGCUUGGAGACAGCGUGAAUGACCAUGCGGCAGUGGUCAAGGCGUUAGCGGCCGCGGACAUGAGCCAUCACGAGGCCGCCAUGGCCGCAGAAUCGACGGUCGCGUCGCUGAUGCAAAACAUUGCCACGCUCGAAGCGCACGUGGCCCAGUGUUACACGGGGGACUUUCUCCUCACGCGAAUUAAAAUGGGGUUGCGGUCGUUGAUUCAAGAUCAAUUUCAUCCGAAUGUGGCAGAGCAUGUGGCCGGCAUGACCACCCUCGACGACUUGGACGCGCUCUUGGCCAUGCUCUUGGCGCUGGCCGUCGAGUGCCAGACGUUUGUACAGCUGGGGCCACAACGCCUCGGCGUGGACGUGCUGCGCAAGGUAGUCGACGAGCACGACGAGUUGUGGGCAAACGUCCCCGUCAACGACACGUGUCAUCGUGACAUUCGCCAAGUGAUAUUUUACACGAAAGAACACACUCGACUGCUGCACACUCUGCCCCGCCUCGUGCCGGAACUAGCCCCGAGUGUGGAUGCAGCGUUAGAGUACAUUUCAGCGUACCAGUCGCUUCGUCGUGACGCAGCCCCCACGUUGACCUCGACUGAAAUGUCCACCAAUCCCUCCAACAACGACAACGGAGGAGACGCUGGACAGUUGCUGGCUACCGCAAAAGACAUUAUGGACGCAUUGCAAGCAUGGCAGUCGUGCCGCUUGAAUGUGGCAAAAGCGUUACGAAUCAACGACAACGGUACUUGUUGCGAAGCCGACAUUCUCGCUUGCAUCAAUGAGUAUAUGGGGCUCAAAGACAAGACGGGCCACCGGUUCCAGCUUCAAGAGGUGAACUCGAGUGUGAUUUUCGAGCAUCUGGACACGUACCACGCGUGCUUGAGCCAGGGCAAAGCGAUUUUAGCGGCAGAAUCAGGCGACGUGGACACGGUGACGCUACUGCGUCACGUCGAUGCGUACGACCAGCUUCGCACCCGUGUCGCCGGCGUCAUCCACGUACCCAAAGAGACUGUCGACAACCACACGAUCCUUCAACACGUGCAAGAAUGGAGCAGCUUGCGGGAUCACGUGGCGCAGACCCUAUCUCCUAUGGGCCAACACAAGAUAUCUGAUUCUGAUUCUGAUGCGCGGCCGACCGCGGCGACGAUUGGCAACGUCGUGGACGCGCAUGUUUCGAUGCUUCGGGCGGUGGCUGGCGUGUGGGGCGUCGUCGACGACACUCCCAUCGCCCCGUCCCGAAUUGUUGCCACGUUGCAAGAGUACAACACAUUCCGCGAAGACGCCGCCGCCGUGUUGCAGCUGAGUCCAGUGGUGACGUUAUCCCCUCGUGACGUGAUCGCGACCUUGGUCGAAUACGCCGGCUUGUGCAAACACGCGGCCAACCAGCUCGAGUUAAAGGCAUCCCGCGCGACCCCUCGCGAUAUUACCGACGUUCUCGACACGUACCAAACCCUCCGGGCCGAUUGUGCGCGAGUGUGGCAAGGGGUGGGCCUGCCUCUUCUCCCGAUGGUGCCGACAUCCUCCUCCGAGUCGGGGGCCUUGGUGCCCGUGUUGUCCAAGCGAAGCUCCGCCAAGGACAUCUUGGCGUGGGUGAACGACUACCACGCGUUGCGGUCCCGCGUGUCCGUCCUCCUCGGUCAAGACGGGGGGCUCUGCACUUCGGAAGACGUCGUGGCGGUCGUACAAACGUACUUGGAGCUCGCGGUGAAGCACCGCGACUUGGUGCGCGCCAAGAUGGCCAUCGAAGCCAACAACAACGCGCUCAUGGGCAGUUUGGACGUGGCGCGGCAAGCGCUGCAGGACCUCGAGAUGCGCGCGGCAGCGGUGGGCAAAAAGUAUGGCCUCGUCGUGUUUUCGUCGGGUAAUGCGCCGUCGUUUUUCGAGUCGUUGGACCUCAAGCUCCAGGACGGAAAGGACUUUGAAACGGCGUUCCACCGGCGUAAACAAGUGCACGAACAGGACAAUGCCGCGCACGCUACGGCCGUAGACACCCUCCGUCGGGAAGCCGCGGUCGCAAUGGACGCCCUCCGGCGAGACCUCGACACGAAACGACAAGACGCGGAACGCAGUGGGGCUCUGGCCUUGGCGGCGGCCGAGCGGGCGCGCGCUUUGGAGGUGGAAGACGUCAAGACUGCCAGCGCGCGGCAAUUCGACGACUUGCAGCGCUCGACCGCAUGUCAAUUGGAGUCGUUGCAGCGAGAUCUCACCAAUGUUCGAGCGAUCAAGUUGAAGGAACAAGCUGACUACGACGCGACCAUGGACGCCAUUCGACGGGCCCUCGAGGUGCAGGCCACUGAGACGUAUAGCCGAAGAGACGGCGGCGAGAAAGCGGCCUUCUUUGCGCGUUAUGUUGACCGCGACCGCAUGCUCAUGGAGUUGGUGUACGGCGCCAUUCGGUCCGUGACACAGUUGCUCUCGACGUCGUCGGCCAACAAGGCGGGUGCGACUAUGCCCACGGAGCUGAGCCAUGCGAUUCUCGGCUGCAUCAAGGAACUCAAGCGCAUGAAGGAGUACGUGAUGGGCUCGUUUGAUGCAUUGCAAAAGGACAUGGCGCCGUUCCUGCCGUUCGAGGUGACGUGGCACGCUGUGGAGUGGCAGCCAGACAUGGAUCUCGCCACGUGGUGCGUCGAGAGCUGCAACAAGACCAACGAACAUGCGCGCAUGCAGUUCCAGCAGUUUCUGGCUCAUGCCAACUCGACCAUGACCAUGUUGGCGGCGACGCAGCGGGAGAGGGCGAUGGAGGUAUUGGCGUUUAUGCGACGAGGUGUCGCGCCAUGCGACAACUCGAGCCAAGACAAGGACGCGAGCAUGCUCAAGAUGCGGCUCAUGGAUGCGGUGACAGACCGCGAUCAAGUGGGGCUCGAGCUGCAGCUAAAAGAGACGUUUUUCACGGACUUGCUGCAUCAACACAAGGCCGUCGCCGCGGAUAUGCAUGCCAAGCUGUCGCAGCAACAGCAACUGUGGAAGGCCAUGAUGGCAUCUUCGUCGCCAACACUGUCGCAGCCCCCGAGAUCACCCACGAUGAAGCCCUUGGACGACCAACAGAAGUUGACCAUGGUGAAACCUGGGCCAAAACCUAAAUGGCAGGAAGACGACCCCACGACGACCGUGUUGUCGAACGGCCGAACGCUGAAGGAGCGCUUUGUGAGCGACCUGGCCCUCGAAACUGGUCAGAACCCGCCCAUGAAACGAGGGCAGACGGUGCAGGUGCUGCGCCCGCCGAAUGCAAACGCAGGCGAUAGCUCAACGCGUAAGAUUAGCCAGCCGUACGUGUCGAUGGCGGUCACCCCCUCCAAGCACAUUCAAUCGAGUAGUGUGCACCAGUCCAGCGCUGCUGCUGUGCAUUUGAAACCAGGGAACGACACCAACCGCCAGCAGCACUUGUGGUACCAAGGUGUCAAGCAAAUCGAUGGCCAGUCGCUGUCGUUAGCCUUGGGCUACAUCCCCACAAGAAACAGUUUGGUUCUGGAUGUGUUCAACACUGACACGGAGUACAUGCAAGCUAUCGAGGUGAACCCAAAGCUUCUGCAAGGAUUCAACAAGCCGCUGGCGGAGUUGACACCCGUGGAGCAAAGACACGUGGUCGAAGCAGUGCUCACGCGACUGCAUGUAGACAGUCGCGGCGGCAACAUGCAAGUUGGAGUCGCAGUCGACGAUCUGUAGCUCCACGCAUUAGAACAGUGUAAUUUGUGAAUGGUAUAAUAUUGAAAUGAAUAGUUUGAUUGGUUGGCAUA